CCGGGACCGUGCUCGGGUCCGGCGGGUGUGGACGGUGAUCGGGGCCGUCCGGCAGCGCCUGCCCCGCUCCGACCCGGCCUCCAGCUAAGCCUGGAAAACCUUAGCCAAAAGACAGCAAACCACAGGGAAGUGGAGACGUGUGUGAUGACUGAGCUUGCCAUAAAAGAAAUCAUGUCAUCAGGGGGAGCUGAAGAUGAUAUUCCUCAAGCAGAGAGAAAAACUGUGACAGACUUUUGCUACUUACUGGAUAAAUCUAAGCAGCUCUUCAAUGGCUUAAGGGAUUUACCUCAGUAUGGGCAGAAGCAGUGGCAGUCCUAUUUUGGGCGAACAUUUGAUGUUUACACCAAACUCUGGAAGUUCCAACAGCAGCACCGACAAGUAUUGGACAAUCGGUAUGGGUUGAAGAGGUGGCAAAUUGGGGAAAUUGCUUCCAAGAUUGGGCAGCUCUAUUACCAUUAUUACCUGCGCACCUCCGAAACCAGCUAUCUCAACGAGGCUUUCUCCUUCUACUCAGCAAUUAGGCAGAGGUCCUACUACUCCCAAGUCAACAAAGAAGACAGGCCCGAAUUAGUGGUUAAGAAGCUGCGCUACUAUGCAAGGUUUAUAGUGGUUUGUCUCCUGCUCAACAAGAUGGAUGUUGUAAAGGACCUUGUAAAGGAGCUGUCAGAUGAAAUUGAAGACUACACACAUCGUUUCAAUACUGAAGAUCAGGUGGAGUGGAACCUGGUUCUUCAGGAAGUGGCAGCAUUUAUUGAGGCAGACCCUGUCAUGGUUUUAAAUGAUGACAACACCAUUGUAAUCACCUCUAACAGGCUUUCUGAGACGGGAGCUCCGUUGCUGGAGCAGGGGAUGAUAGUGGGACAGCUUGCUCUUGCAGAUGCGCUCAUUAUUGGGAACUGCAACAACCAGGUCAAGUUCAGUGAAUUAACAAUUGACAUGUUCCGAAUGCUGCAAGCCCUGGAGAGGGAACCCAUGAACUUGGCAUCACAAAUGAACAAACCUGGAAUGCAGGAGUCAACAGAGAAGCCAGCCAGGCGGGAAAACCCCCACAAAUACCUACUUUAUAAACCAACUUUCAGCCAGCUAUAUACAUUUUUAGCAGCGUCAUUUAAGGAGCUGCCUGCCAACAGCGUGCUGCUGAUUUACCUGUCUGCCACGGGCGUGUUCCCAUCAGGUCGUUCGGAUAGUGAAGGUCCGUACGAUUUUGGGGGUGUGCUGACCAACAGUAACCGGGACAUCAUCAAUGGGGACGCCAUCCACAAGCGCAACCAGUCCUACAAGGAGAUGCACUGCCUUCACCCUGGAGAUCUCUACCCUUUCACCAGAAAGCCCCUGUUCAUCAUCGUGGAUUCUUCCAACAGCGUUGCCUACAAGAAUUUCACAAACUUAUUUGGACAACCAUUGGUGUGCUUGCUUUCUCCAACAGCAUAUCCAAAAGCAUUACAAGAUCAGUCUCAGCGGGGUAGCCUCUUCACACUCUUUCUGAACAAUCCGUUAAUGGCAUUCCUGUUUGUCUCUGGAUUAUCAAGCAUGCGCCGAGGAUUAUGGGAGAAGUGUCAGGAUUACCUCAGAAAAAUCAACCGGGACAUUGCCCAGCUGCUGACCCACUCCCGAUCCAUAGACCAGUCAUUUCUUCAGUUUUUUGGGGAUGAAUUUCUUCGCUUGCUUCUCACGAGAUUUAUCUUCUGUUCAGCUACUAUGAGGAUGCACAAAAUCUUCCGGCAGGAGACUCGAAAUUAUCCUGAAUCUUAUCCUCAGCUGCCAAGAGAUGAAACGGUGGAGAACCCUCACCUCCAAAAGCACAUUUUGGAGCUGGCUUCCAUACUGGAUGUUAGGAAUGUUUUCCUGGAAAACACACUCGAUGACUACUAAAAGAAACUGUCUUACAGCAAAGGGGAUUCCCUGGCCACAGAUUUUGAAUGGUGCAGUUUUAUAAUGUGAAAAUCAUAAAAGGAAGUACUUGAUUUUAUUUUUAAAUUUAGGACCAUUAUUUUAAAAAAUAAUAAUAAACAGCUAUUAGUUGAGCUGUUCCAUUCUGUAUGGGGUCAAUUUUAUAAGCAGAAGUUUUCAUGUCUUUUAAAUGUUAAAGAAUCACUAGAGGUUUAUUUCUGGUCUUGUGGCUGUCAACCACAUUUCCAACAGCUGAUCCUAAGUAUAGAAGUAUUAUUGGUUAUACCUUUAGCCCACAUUUGUGGAAAUCCUUUAUUUUUAUACAAUUUUAAGAAAUUGGAAAGAAAAAAAAUCAACAGAAAAAAACCAAUAUUUUAUCCCCAAAGAGUUUGGAUUUGAAAAGGUAAAGAUGGAACCACACAGUGCAAACCAACAAUAGCAAUAACACAGAUUCCUUCAUAACAAAUAUAUUUUUUCAGUCUUAGGCAAGUGAGGAGACAAAACUGUGGACAAUUAAGUUGCAUUUGGAGCAGUGCUUUGAAGUGAAUUUUUAAAGAUACUUAAUGCUCCCUAUAAGUUUGAUGCAGCAGUUUUCUGUAUGAACCCAAGGACCCGGUUGGGCAGGUGAUCAAUAGGUGAACAAACUGCAAACCCUGAAAUUCAGCCCUCACCUCUCACUGUCGUGUGGGGCAUCCUGCACAGGAGGAGGGGGCAUUCUUCAGUUUGAGGUACUAUAUAGAAAUUCCAGCAUUUCCAGCAGGUGUUCCCCUCCUUUCCAUGUGUGGAUGGAAUGUGUGGCUCCCAGAGCAUGCUCACUCCCUGACAGGAGCUGAGAGGAUGUCCUGUACAGUGCUGUGCCUGCCCCUCCUGUCACUCGUGUGUGUGACCCCACUGUGCCACAGCCCCGUGCCCCGGGAGAGGUGCUGAUGUUCCCCUUGCAGGUGAAACCAAGUGGGAGCUGCCAUAACCCCCUGGAUGUUUUGCAUGUCCCCCCUAUGACUCAGUCCUGCCCUGGAAGCAGGAGCAGUGAGGGGCUCGGCUCCCCAGCCUGAGAGCUCAGGAGGGGCAUCUGCAGGAGGACAGUGGCCUUUGGGAAGGGGCUGGCUGGAGAAGGCUCUUGUGGCUGCUGGGAAGAGUGCUGGCUGGCUCAUAUGGGACUGCACUGCCUGCCCUGCAGAGCUAGAGCAGCUCCUGGCAGUGCAGGGUGAGCAAGAAUGAGGGAACGGAGAUACUUUAAGCUAUUAAAUGGAAGAGUCAAUUGCCACUGUUCCAUGGGCUGCUAGAAAAGAAGUGAGAGGACAAGUCCAGUCAGUGCUUUUUGUUGAACCCCAGCCAUGCCUCAUGCUUAGGUGGAAACAGUGUAGAACUUGGUGACUGCUGUAGUGUCAUGGCAGUCCUGGGUGCAGAGCAUCACCCAGGGUGUGGUCUGGUCAGCCAGGUGAGCACUGGUGGGUCCAUCCUGCCGAGGGAUCACAGUGUGCAAUAGCAGGAACGGCUGCAGUGUAGCUGGGGAGUUUGCAUGAAGGUUCUCUGUAGCUGGGCUGAAGCUUGCACCAUCCGUUCUUUAUUUCCCAAGUGUACAAAAUCCUGUGAAUGCUUGUGUUUGUCCUAAGCAGUCUUGAAGCUGGUACAUUGAGACCCCCCCACCCCUUGGUGCUGCUCUUUGGACUCUGGCAGGAUUUCAUUUCCCGGGCUGUGGAGUCUGUUCUAACAAGUGUGUGUUCAUGUGUGUGCAUGUGUGUGCUCGGCGUUUGUGUGUGUAUGUACAGUACACAUACAUCUACUGGCUGGUGUAAAUUGUAAAUAUGUAUAUAUGUAUAGGUACUUGUAUAUGUAUUAAAAAGAAUGAACCACUACAAUGUCUAUAUACAAAAUUUAUAUAUACACACAUACGCCAUGUUGGGUGGAUUCCACAAGGUGCUGCAGAUCAUUUGUGGUUGUACUAAAGGUUAUGGCUCUUCUUCCACUGUAAUUUGCUGUUUCCAGGGACUUACCCUUGGACCUUGAAGUAAUUGAUAACUGAUUCCAGGUACAGGAGCCCUUAGCUGAUCCCUGCCUUUCUGCCUAGUAGGAGGUCCCCAGUUGCUAAAACAUGGGAUUGUAUGUGGAGGCUCAAGAUGCAGGAAGCCUUUAAUGCAGCAGCAAGUGAGAGGCAGGUUAUUUGUUGCCCUUCCUGCUGUUCCUCUACCAUCAGUGUUCAGCUUGCAUGGAAAGGGGGAAUUGAGUUUUCCCCAGCUCACUGCCUUCCAGCCAAAUGCUUUUGCUUUGCUUUAGCUUUUGCUUUGAUGAAGCUAUUCUUAUUUUGGUUCCAUCUCUGUGGAAAAGAGUAUGCUGUUUCCAAGCAUAGGAGUGAUGAUGAUGACGAUUCCACUCGUGUGGGCUGGUGAACCUCUGGGACAUUGCUUGUGAAUUGACUGGGAAAGUCUUGGUGGUCCUCACCUUUGUUUAGCCAGGCUGAAGUGGGGAGUCCUUGCAUGUGACCUGAGAGGCUUCUAUCAUUUGCAGCCCUUCAAGGAAGUUCUGUUUGCUUUUUGCCAAGGUAGAUCUCAUCAGAGAAGAAUGCACUUUUUAAAAUACAUAAUGCCCUGAAGAAGCUGGAAUGUAGGAGGAGAAUGUAGGCCUUCAAAAUUAGUUCAGAAAUUGAACUUAGCAGCAAUGACUGUCCAAGUCAAAAAUUAAUUCUUGAGGUUCCUAAUUCUCCUCUUACCUGCUGAUCUUUGUUAGAAGGUCCAGAGCUGGGACAUUCAUAGAUAAAGAUUUCACUCAUCUUCACUCAUGGGAGGAGUAUGGAAUUGUACUGUGGAAGCAGAGGGCUCAUACCCUCUGCUCUAGCUGUAGCUAGGAUGAGUGUCUUGGAUUUUGAGCCAGCCCCUUCUUUCCCACCCAAAGAACUGCAUUCAAGAUGAAAAUGUUGAUAUUUUCCCCUCCAAGUAAAAGCUUGUCUUGUUUGAACUAAGUCAUUCUAAAUUUGUGCUACUGUGUGCUCUGUGCUAUGGUCGUAGGUACCUCUUGGUGUAUGCUUGUGUGUACUGAAGAAAAUCUGGUUUCUGUAUCUCGCAGUCCUCAGUGUGGAAGCGAAGCAAAGACUGACCCAUUUUUAAGUGAGAAGAGAACAAAUCCUUUUCUUCUCAGGCCUGAUGCCUUCCCUCUUGUCUCGCUCUCCCUUUCUCCAUGUAUCUUUAUUGCUUAUAUUAGCGGAGAUGACUUGCCAGCACCAGGCAAUGCCAAAUUAAAGGGGUAAAUUCUGCCUGUAAUACAUUGAGAGGACAAGGUGAACUGGACCAGCUGUGUCCUUACAGGACUGCUCCUGCCUGGCUCCCUACUCCCUGCAUGUGGUGUGCUCAGAUGAAUCCUGCUCCCACAGUAGGUUUGUGCUCCUGCUCAAACUGGCUUUGGAACAUCUCGCCAAAGUUACUGCCGUUGCCUUUUUUUCCCCUUUUGGCUUCUCCAAAUAACAGUGACAGGGCAAUGCAGGGUUAUGGGUCUUUAAUGCUCAGCUUUUUAAUUCCUCUUGGGAUGUGAUGUGUCAUUUUGCUUUGUGCACCAGCUAAAUGGAGCACCAGCCUCCAUGAGCUGCACAAACAGAACUUGUUCCCUGGAGUGCUUUCUUGAGAAGUUUCAGGACCUUUCUGUGAGCAAAAAUCAAAAUAAUGUCUGUCAAGUCAUGUCUGACUAAACCUCUCAAGACUGUUCCCCAGGGAGAUGUGCAGAGAUGUCUUUAAAGGAUCAUAGGAAAUUGAUGGGGGCAACAGGAAAUUUGGCUCUAAUUAAUCAUCUUUAGAAGCUACAAUUUGAGUAGAUCUAGUCAGGCUUCUCCCCUAAGGGUGGGAUGGAAGUGCUGUUCCAUAGCCCUUCCCUGGCAUGAGUUAGGAAGCACCUCCCCUGCAUCAUCGCCUCCCAUGUCCUGUAACCAUGCUGUGCUGCAAGUCUGCUCCUUCCCAAAGCUAAAAAUCUUGGAAUCUGUCUCAACAACUGUUUUGUCUUGAGAUCUCUUUUGUAAAAGCUUUACCUGUGUUCGAUUCCUCAGUAAAUGUCUGAGUGCAGCUCCGUGGUGCAGCAACGGCCGAGCCUCACUCAGUCCUGGGGGUGUUGGCAGCUGCUCUGUGGUGGCUGUGGCUGCUCCUGGGGCUGAGGGAGCUCUGCAGGCAGGAGAAGUUACCUGAACAAGGGAAAAAAAAAGUUUCGGAGAGCUGAAAACUGCUCUGUGGCCUUGUAAGGUCAGACUGGACACAGCAGCUGGGGCAAAGCUCUCCAGAGCAGAUUAUACACUCCUGUAACACUGGACUUGCAAAGCAAUACUGUUCUGUGACCAAAUGUAUUUGGGUGCUUUGAAGAUCCAUAGAGAUCCGCUCAAGAGAGCAGAGGACACACGUAACUUCUUUAGAUUUAGGAGUAAGUCAGCCACUUCUUGUUUUCCCAUCUAAACCAUUAUUGUGCCAAGACUGAGGAGAGCUAGUUCAGGAUUUCUGAAUCUGACACUUUUUGGGGUUAAGGACUGUCUCUGAAUUCUGCCCAGAUGCACCCAUAGAUGUUUUGUUCCUGGUUUCACUCCUGUUGGGAGCAGACCCCAGCACAGCUUGCUGGCCUGCAGGAGCCCCAGAGCAGAAUAGAUCUCACCAGCCCAGUCCCAGCAGCUGCUCCUUCCACAAUAAACCCUACUGGGAGGAUCUGCCCUCUUGACUUCACAGAUGGCUUUUGGCGUGUGUUUAUUACCAUUCUGCCAUUGACCUGGUUUGUUGGGAGCAGGAUUCUGCCUCAUGCAGGCUGAAAAGCACAACUUGAUUCUGCCCUGGGCAAGGCCCGGUGAGAAGGAUGAGGGGAGCGCAGGUGGGAGUGUUCGGGAGCGUUCUGGGAAUGCAGAGGGACCGUGCCUCGGGCAGCCCAGCUGCGGAGGUACAGGGAGCGUUUUGCCUCUCUGAGAAUCAAAUUAUUUAUUACCAAAAGUAAUUUUAUAGUGAGUUGGUUGAAAGUUAUUUUACAGCUGUGUGCCUGUAUAUCGUAUUUUGGUAAAAACGGAUAUUUUCCUUAAAAUAUAUAGAGAUAUAUAAAUAAACUUUUUUUGAGCAAAUGGA